AUGAAGCGGCCCCGGGAGCAGAGCGGCUCCGACAGCGAGUCGGACGGACCCAUCGACGUGAGCGGCGAGGGCGAGCGGAGCCAGAUGGCCAGGCCACUGUCCACCGCCAGCCCUGCACAGAUGCAGGCCAGGAAGAAACGGCGAGGGAUCAUAGAGAAACGGCGCCGCGACCGCAUCAACAGUAGCCUUUCUGAAUUGCGACGCUUGGUCCCUACGGCCCUUGAGAAGCAGGGCUCCUCCAAGCUUGAGAAAGCAGAGGUCUUGCAGAUGACGGUGGAUCAUCUGAAAAUGCUUCAUGCCAGUGGCGGCACAGGAUUCUUUGAUGCCCGCGCCCUGGCCGUGGACUUCCGGAGCAUUGGUUUUCGGGAGUGCCUCACCGAGGUCAUCAGGUACUUGGGGGUCUUGGAAGGGCCAAGCAGCUGCUCGGACCCCAUCCGGAUUCGCCUGCUCUCCCACCUCAACAGCUACGCCGCUGAGAUGGAGCCUUUGCCCGUGCCCACCAGCCCACUGGCCUUUGCCUCUGCCUGGCCCUGGUCCUUCUUCCACAGCUGUCCAGGGCUGCCAGCCACAGGCAGCCAGUUCGCCAUCCUGGGCAGAGUGCCCGGCCCUGUCCUCCCCAGAGCCUCCUCUCCCGCCUACCCUAUCCCAGCCCUCCGAACCACUCCCAUGCGCCGGGCUGCGGGCACCAUGCUGCCGACCAGGAGGAGCUUCCUGCCCAGUCGAGGGGCUUCUCUGGCCCGGAGGGCCCGCCCCCUGGAGAGGCCGGCAGGCCCUGGGCCCCUGGCCCCCAGUGGCAGGGCUGCCAGGAGUAGCCCCAUCCCAUCCCUCCUUAGGUCUUCCUCCCUGGUCCCCCCUGGGGCAGUGGGGCCCGCCCCUCACAUGGCUUUGCCUGCCUCCCGGCCCUCUUCCCCAGGCCUGGUUGGGAGGCCUGAGGGAGCCCUGCUCUGCCGAUCCUGGGUCUCUGAGAUCACUGAAAUUGGGGCUUUCUGAAUUGGCCCCCAGCCCCCACCUCACCCCCGGUCCAGCAGCAAGUAAAGCCCUACUUCCAGGAG